AUGGAGAGCAAGCACUUCUGCCUGUAUCCCAUCUACAUGGACUCGGCCAGGUCUCUCUCCGAGGGAAGAAAGUACAGGAAGGAGAUCUGUGUGCAAAGGCCGAGAUAUCAUGAAAUCAAGAAUGCCUUGGAAAAGCUUGAGAUUGAGUACACAGAUGAACCAUCGAAAAAGCAUCCAAGGGACUUCUUCAAUAGCGGCAGAUUCCGCAUAAAGAAGGAGUACGGAAGGCUGUUUGUUAUUGAAGGCAUAAGUCAGACGAUUGCAGAGCUGAGAUCCAAGCCGGGGAGCAGUGAAGAGACUUCUAGAGAAAAACAGAGCCGCGGCAAGGCUGUGCAUGGAGUCGUCCAAAACGGCGUGUAUGUUGAGAAUAAGCUUAAUCUUGUCAGAAAGAAAAAAGCAAAGAAGAAGAAAUAA